CAGCCAUCCGCAGGGCAGAACAAUUCUUCGAAUAACAGUGAUCAUUAAACCCUGACAGCACACCGGGAGGAAAUCUCAAUGAAUUUCCCCAUUCCCUGCAAAAAGAAACUCGUCACAUUUGGUGGAACUCCGAAACAUUUUGUCCAAUCUGCCUUUCGGGUGGAAGUUGACUAGCCACCGGGGACUCUUCCUUUCGCAGACCCGCGAGGACCCAUUUGUCCCCUGCGGAGUGCGCAGCCUCUCCUCAGCCUCGAGGGUCCACGGAGCGGGAGUUGCAUUUAGGAGAAUAUCGAUGCAAUGAUCCCAAGGUGAGCUGACGUCCUGUGGUUUCAGAGCUCGAUGUUGAGAGGAAAACUCCUCACUGAGAAACACAAAAUGUCUGCUUCUAACAUCAGCCCGCUUAUCCUCGCCCUCCUCCUCCUCCUCCUACUCUCGGAUUACAGCCAACAGGUCCCCUCAAACUGUGUGAUCAAGAUGGAGCAGGAUAAAUGCUUUGACCUGAUGGCCUCGGAUGAUCCUGGGAAUGACCCAGACUACGGCUGUCCGUGGAUGUGGGACAACUUGACGUGUUGGCACCCUGCAAAGUUUGGGGAGGUGGUUGAAGUCCAAUGUCCUGAACUAUUCCAUCAGUUCAUCAGUGAAGAAGACUAUGAGCCAGGGAUGGUGAGUCGGAACUGCACUGAGUUUGGAUGGGCAGAGACCUUCCCUCAUUACGUCGAUGCCUGCAUGUCUGAUGAAGGGAACAGUACUGAUCCAACAUUGUACUAUGUGUCAGUGAAGGCUCUGUACACUGUGGGCUACAGCACCUCUUUAGUGUCCCUCACCACAGCCAUGGUCAUCUUGUGCAGGUUCAGGAAGCUGCACUGUACCAGGAACUUCAUCCACAUGAACCUAUUUGUGUCGUUCAUCUUGAGAGCUAUUUCAGUCUUCAUCAAAGACAGCGUGCUGUAUGCCAAAGACGACAGCGAGCACUGCUUCUUACACACUCUUGAGUGUCGAGCAGUGAUGAUAUUCUUCCAUUACUGCGUCCUCUCUAACUACUUUUGGCUCUUCAUCGAGGGUCUGUACCUCUUCACUUUACUGGUGGAGACCUUCUUCCCUGAGAAGAGAUACUUCUACUGGUACAUCAUCAUCGGUUGGGGAACCCCUACAGUGUGUGUGACCAUCUGGGCAGUGCUAAAGUUUCACUUUGACGACAUCGGAUGUUGGGACACAAAUAACAACGCUGCCAUCUGGUGGGUGAUCAAGGGACCUGUACUGGCAUCAAUUAUGGUCAACUUUGUGCUCUUCAUCGGUAUCAUCGUCAUCCUCGUCCAGAAGUUACAGUCCCCAGAUAUUGGUGGAAAUGAAUCCAGCAUUUACCUGAGGUUGGCCCGCUCCACUCUGCUACUGAUUCCUCUGUUUGGGAUCCACUACACUGUGUUUGCCUUUUCCCCCGAGAACGUGAGCAAGAGGGAGCGUCUGGUGUUUGAGCUGGGACUCGGAUCCUUCCAGGGCUUUGUCGUGGCCGUCCUCUACUGCUUCCUGAACGGAGAGUAUAUCCCUCAAGGUGCAAUCGGAGAUCAAGAGGAAAUGGCGCAGCUGGACGGUGAACAGGUACUUUGCUGUGGACCUGAAGCACCGGCAUCCUUCACUGGCGAGCAGUGGGGUGAACGGGGGCACGCAGCUGUCCAUCCUCAGCAAGAGCAGCUCGCAGAUCCGCAUGUCCAGCCUGCAGGCCGAGACCCCAGCGACCUGAGUGCCACUGGCGGGGACGCAGUGCCCUGCAACGUCGCCAAACGCGAUGCACCAAUCCUCCUACCGAUGACCAGCCUAACCAACCCGUUCCUUAACCCGUAUCCCAACCCGUACCCGGACGACACCAUGAUAGAAACCCAACUCAACUCCAGCGACCCAGAACAGCCACUUGUCUGACCUGCUUUGACCCGAAUUAUGACCCAACCUGAAGAACCUGACCUGUCAGGUGCCAAAUAAUCUCUUUAAGUCCUGAACUCCGGGUUCAUGAGUGAAAAACUUGGUCCACUUCAAAGGGCAUGAUUACGAAGUCUAGUAAAUAUCUAAUGUCCUGUUGGGGCUGUGGAUCUCUCUGUAUAUAUUGUAUUAGUGUUGUCCGGUGCUACAGUAUUUGCUGCUGUAUCGCACAGGUGGGGGGGGCGGUUUAUUUCUGCAGCCCCCUCACACUGAUCAUUCCAGUCAGUCCAGAGAACGUUUUAAAAUAUUUUGUUAAAAUGUGUUUUUAGACUGUAUCUAUACACUGUAUUCCUCUUUAGAUGCAGACUUCACAGCUGCCAUGCCAUUUGAAAUGGUUCCGUUAUUCACGUAAACACCGUAAAGGGCAACUCACGUUGAGUACUGAAAAGGAUAACCCAAGGGAUGUCAGUGUGAUGUCAUAAGGGUCAUUUUAGCUAAAGCUUGGCAUUUCACCUUUUUAUGUGAGAACCUGACACAGGAUUUUUGGGAGUAAAGUUCUAGAUAUCUUGGCCUCUGCCGCUUAUAUUCUGAACCGCCCUGAUGUACAGUACAUACCUUAACUGGGAAGUUUUUUUUAAAAUAUGUUAAGGGGAAAUGUAAGAAUGAAGAUUCAAGCUUAAGUCAGUGUUAUAUAUUUGAACUUCUCACCAUCAAAUCAAUGUUAUUUAUUGAGCUCAAAAAUUACAGACCCAAUACCCACACUUAUUGAACACAUUCAGAAAGGACUAUUUUCCCACUACUGUAACAAGCCUUUGUUUCCUGUGUAAACUGUGACUGAUGUUACACAAAGAGACGAAGACAACCAGGCUGAGGAAUGUCAAAGGUGAAAUUUCACCAGGAUCUAACAAGGUGGAGAAAGCAGUAUUUAUGAGAAGGACAUAUUUUUUCCAUUCAUGUGAAUUGCCAAAAAGGGAAAAAAAAUAUACCAGGGUUAUAUGAUGAUAACUAUGCUUCAGAUGUCUUGGCAGUGCUGAGGUUUGCCGAUGACUACCACAAGCCUCUCUUUUAAAUUUCAGCACUGGUAACUUGACCUCUGAGAGGAAGACUUUUGGAGUGCAUCUGCCGUUAGUACAGAAAAUGUCAAUGAUACUCAUGGACAAAGCGUCAUGAGUUCAACUGCUUGCAUGAACCUGCAUUUAUUGUCCAUGUGGUUUAGUGUGAAUAUUUUGGUAAUAAUUCAGUGCUGUUUAAGUUUUUUUUCUUCAUGAAAUCUCUUGCGGGCUGUUGUUGAGGCUAUGCGCUGUAAUACCGAUUUGCUUGUCACUUUGUAAAGCCAAGCCUCUUCAACAGGACUCCUACAGGACAUUUCAAUGUUGUACUUAACCAUCAGAAAGCAAUUCACUGCUUUUUGGAGAAGAUUUCCUGAUUUGUUUCUGAAAAACACGACCAUAUAAAUAAUCAGUUUUCAUUCUGAUUAAUGAGGGCUUUUUCAGACAAAUCCCUCGUACCAGUAUCUCUAGGUCUUUCAGCAUUUUGAAACUCUGGUGACAUUUGCUCUCUUUAUGCUUGAGAACAAGCACAUGGUCAUUACUCUUUGUGAGGGACUUUUAAAUCGAGGGCAAUUCUGUUACUCCAAAGACCAAUUACUUGACUUUUCGCACGGCCGUAUCUGUUUGCGAAAGCUGUGUUAGCUUUGCAGCCGAUGUCACUGCUGAUGUUUCUUUUGAUCUGACUCAACUAUCCUCCAAACCCCUACGUUCAACUCUACUUUUUGUCUCCAAAAGUGCCUUUAAGCACAAAACAAGUAUUUUGAUUUGUCCUUUUUGAUUUGAAAAACGAAUCUGCAAAGAAAAGAAUGUGGUUGAACAAAGUGCUUUUAUGAUGCUUAAGACUAAAUCAGUAUUUUAAACCUGGAGGCCUUCAAAGUACUUUAAGUUGUCUUUGCUAAAGAUGAGCAAACUAUAUGACCGAUUGGUGUUUUAAAUAAAGCAAUGCUACGUACUAAUAACUAAGUCAGUCACUGUACAGUAUAUUACAUGAAAACUUUAGGAAGUAUGUUUUAGUUUUCCUACACAUCGUUAAUUGUUUCGCCUUAGCAGAAAAAAAGGGAGAGUUACACUUUCCCACACCUGAACCUCUUUUCUUAUUUUUACUAAAUCCUUAAAAAUUUAAGAAAAUAUAAUCCUAGUAUUGUUUAAGGGAUCUUUCUUCAAAAUGUUCUCUAAAUACAACUAUUACAUAUCAGAAAAUACAGAAAUAAUUUAGUCUAGCUGCAAUUGUAAUUUAAAAGACAAAACGGAACUGAAAUCUUUGAUUUACGUGUAUUUACUGUUUCAUUUUUAAAGCCAUUAUUUAUGACUGAUAAUAAUUGUAACGUACAUCUGCUCAGCCAAAUAUUAGUCAAAUAUGGAGUUAAGUCACAGGGUGGCUGGCAUCUCCCUUGGUCACUUGCAGAUUAGGAGAUGUCAAGAGCGGAUUCCAAAAGGUAACAAAAUGUUGCUAAAUAAUAAUACCUAAUAAUUUUAUAGAUAGAAAAAAAGAACAAAAUGAUUCAAAGCAUUUUUUUUUCCAAUCAAGUAGUUAGUAGUAAGAAAAGAAUGACAGUUCUUGAUUUACAUUUUUUAAAAAUGUAUUAAAUUCUAGUUUCUCAGUUUUGGGCGGAUUAUAGUCUCAGCCUGUUUUUUUGUUUUUUUGAAGAUAUUUUUUGGGGGCUUUUUGCCUUUAAUCGGAUAGGACAGUGGAGAGUGACAGGAAGGUGGGAGAGAGAGUCAGGGUGGGAUCCGGAAAAGACCACGGGUCGGGAAUCGAACCUGGGUCGCCGGCGUACGGUGCAGGUGCCCCAGCCAGUUGCGCCACGGCCGGGGCCUCAGCCUGGUUUUAAGGUUAUAAAUCUAACUAACCCAAAUUUACAUUUUGACAUUUUACAGUUAUAUUAAAUAUUAGAUAGCAAAGCGUGUCUAAAACCAUAUCUGUGAAAAAAGGCGCUGUAUUAUUUACUAAAUAUUAUCCUAUGUUAUUGAUAUUUUUUCUUUUUAAUAAACAUCUGAAUUAUCGUAGCAGUACAUUGUAACAUUUGACCUUUCCCCUUUUCAUUUACAUUUUUGUUCAGUUUGGCUCUAAUUGUCAACACAUUUCUUGACCUGCAAACAGCCAGAAUUCAUUCCCACAUGGAGUCCAGACAACGAAAGAAGGGCUGACCUGAAACUGUAUUGGUUUGCUGUGUGUAUUCAGAGUGACAAGCUAUAAUAAGUGAAGGGCUGGACCAUCACAACUCACUAUACUUCGGUCAAAUAUUCAGUUAAAUUCAUCACAGACAUUUUGACAAUCUCACUGGCACAUGCGGCCACUUUUUUUGAUGUAUUUCUAAAUGAUUUCCUUUAGUGUUAAUAAGUUAGUAGGAGCCUUAUAUUGCCAGUACUAUGUUGAUGUCAGACAAAGAUGUUGCUAUUAUUAUAGAGUAAAUAUUAAUUUGAACCUGUUGUUUUUGAACUAUGAAGUAGUUAGUUGAAGUGUUUGAAAAAAGGUCUGUAGCCAACCUUUGUGACUAAAUAAACUGCAGUUCAUAUGUGCGAGACAGAAACAAGCUGCUGACGUUGUUCCUUGUAAAUGCCGUUUUCUGUGGUUCAAAGUGAAUAACUGUCAUUUAAAAACGCUGUGAUCGUUUUCCCAUAUUCCAUUGUUUUUUGGUAGUGGUGAUCGUGUUUGCUAAAACUAUAAAGCCUCCUGUAAUGCCUCUGUACUCGCUAAUAGGCUGAUGCAUGCGCGUAACAUUGUUUUGAUCUAAUUUUGACCAACAGAUAACAAAGGGAGGAACAAGCUUUCAGGCCGUUUAGGGAAUCUGAGCUGCUUGGUUGUUUAUAAAAUGGAUGAGGCAGUUAAUGAGCUUGAACAUGCAUAUUGUGUUUCAACUGUGAACAAUUAUCAAAUUUGGCCCAUGGAAUACUUUUCCUUUGAAUGUAAUCUUUGCAGACAUGAGGAAAAGUGAAGUGCCAUAAGAACCGUCUGUUCUCGAUUUUUAUUUUAUAGCAUGUUUUCAAAUGUUUUUCCUUUUCAGCUUUUUAAAAGUGGUAAUCUUUAUUGAAUUGCUUAUUUGUGACAGUAGCCUGUUAGAAUCAGUUAAAAUAAAAAUAAAAAUUGGGCUCAGCACUUUGCGUACUAAUGGCUGAAUGUAAAAGUAACAUAAAGCACUCUGCUGCGAGCUUGCUACCGUUUGCUCAUGAGCUCUUUUUUCAUUUGAUAUAUUUCACUGCACAGUGCACCAUUUAAUGUUGUUUUGGUGUGCAUAUGAGAAGGGUUUUUUUGUACAUUAUGGAAGUAUCGACAAUAAAUGUUUUUAA